GCCAAUCGCUCCUAACCGCCAGUGCGAUAUAUGACCCGCGUUCUGUCUUACAAUUCGAUCAGCAAAUACACUCAACUCUUCCUGUUCAACCGCUAUCUCUCUAUAGAUAGGUACCCACGACCAUGGACGGAAGAGUCUCUAAGUCUCGUCGAACUCGUGUAAAGCUAUCCAGGGCUUUACAAGAGCAGCUACUAGACGCUAUCGCGAAGAAAGAUACUGAGGUUUCAAAGGCACCCAUCCAAAAAGACUCCAUCAGUGAAGGUUGCCUACGAAACCCACCUAAACGACGGUUUGACCAGAUUUCUGAGACUGAUGAUCUUGGACCGGUACCCACGAAGCGAGCUCGGCUCGCAGAGAUAGAAGUUCAACAGCCCCGGCCCCUGCGAGCGAAGAGCCCAUACGUUUCAUUUCUUCAAGACUUCAUAGAUCCCAUCCCUAAUAUCCAUACGGGAUCUGUCUUUGUAUCUGAAUGGUUGGAGUCAGUUGGAUCAGAUCGACAGACACAUUGUAGAUCAGAUAGCCAACUCUAUUAUUCCGCCAAAUCAUCCAUCUCGCCAAGGUCCACAAGCUCAGUGCCAGAUAUGGGCACUAAGCGGGAUGCAGAUGGGUUCGUCGUUCCACCCACACCAGACUCUACCAUAUCCCCAUAUUCUCAAGAAGACGAAGGAGAGAACAACUAUGCGUCAUGCAAUGAGCCAUCUCUUGAUGCAUACACAUCGUCACGCAUUACUAGAGACAGCCAGAUCUCAAAAACAUCAUCUGGAAGGGGUCUCAUAGAGAGUCCGUCAUAUCGUUGGCAGAAUCUAGCUGACAACAACAUCUAUCUACACCACCCAUGCGAUCCACUGCCUGAACACAUUGUCAAAUUGAUCAAGAUGAUCCGUCAAGACCAUGGAUCGACAAGUCUGUCGUUAGACGAUUUGAAAAAAGAUCGGGGCCUAUAUGAUCUCCAGUUGGGUGCGACAGAACCGGAAGUAGAAUUGUAUCUUCGUCAGAAUAUGUUCCCUAGGCCCGGACCCCGAGACAUCUUGAUGCGCGCUCUCAGGCAGCCCAUGGUCAGGCAACUUGUCCCAAACGCAGGUUUCAAAUCGAAAGUUAGCACUCCGGUGCCUGAUAUACUCUACGGAUACAACUUCGCAAAGGCAUUCGUUAACAAACGAUCUCAGCUUCUUGCUUCAGGGGUUGCAGUAAUACCAGCUAAUCACCAAGGUGUGAUAUACCCGUUCUUUGUUGUCGAGUUCAAAGGCGAAACCUGUGGAUCUGGAAGCUUAUGGGCAGCAACGAACCAAUGUCUCGGAGGAUCGGCAUCUUGUGUCAACUGUUCCGAAUUCCUGAACCGUCAGCUAAGAGAGUCUCGAAGCAUUAGCGACAAGUGCGAGCCCAUGGACACGGCAGCAUUCAGUGUUGCUACAAACGGAACAGAAGCGCGACUUCAUGUGUCGUGGAAGGACAACGAGCAGGGAUAUUCUAUGGCAAUUGUCGAUAGCUUCUUGCUUCAGAGACCUGAAGAUUUUCUGGAGCUGCGCAAGUGCGUUUUGAAUAUCAUAGACUGGGGCAUGGGAAAGAGACUGGAACACAUCCGGGCUCACUUAGAUACUCUCAUCGAAGGCAGCAGACAGCGAACUCCGGAGACAGCUCAGUCACACUCACCACUAAUGCCGACUGGUACUCCUGCUUCCACAGGCAGUCGCAAGAAGCGCAGGACUUCGUAGCGAUAAGACAACAUAGCCAUGGUUAGGUUGAGCAUAUCUGUUGGCUAGGCACAUAUUCUCUCUGCUGCCAACAUCUUCUUUUGGCGUUUUUCUUUACUUUUUGUUUGCUGUUAAACUUUCACUCCUACUCUUCGC